UCAAUCACAAAACCAUUGGAAACUCCUCCUUUUGGCUAUAUUUGAACUAAAAUGAAACAUGCCAAAGUUCUUUCACUAGCUCUUAUGACAACAAAAUGGUCUAUUUUGCUCCUUUGCGUUACAUUUUCUCUAGCAAAUUCUCAUGAUACUAAUACACCAGCAGGUUUACUUUGCAUAAGUGAUUGUUCAACAUGUCCUGUUAUUUGUUCACCACCACCUUCCCCUAUCAAACUCAAGCCACCACCUUCGCCAUCAUCGGUACUAGUACAAGCACCACCACCACCACCACCACUUUUCGCCCCACUCCGCCCCUCACCAUCUCAGUCUUCUCCCCGAUCACCAUCACCUUCCUCGUCGCAACCAUCACCUAAAUCUCCACCACCAUCUUACAUUACAUAUACUGCUGCUCCUCCUCCUCCUUCUCAUUCUUCUAAUUGUCCUACACCUCCUAAUAUUAUCAAUAUACCAGCAACUCAGGCGCCACCGGCCAAUGGACAGAAGAAUUACCCUUACUACUAUUUUUAUGUUUCAAAGGCAACUUCUUUUCCACUUCAUGGCUCCAUUAUUAUUGGAUUUUUGGUGGUCUUUCAUUUCUUAUGCAUUUGUUGGUGAAAAGAGAAGCAGGGUAUAAUUCUUGAAAAUCAAGAUGGUAUAUGUAUAUUUUUGAUUCUAGGAUAUUAGAAAGAACAAUGGUUUCUCCUCGCUGGUAUCAUAAUUGUAUUUAUUACUAUAUCACAUUUUUCAAUUCAUCUACUAGUAUCAUUUGACAAAAUGAACGAAUUUAUGUAAAAAAAUUUCUUGAUCUAUUUCUUAUCUGUUCCAACAUGAUUGAAAUUGGGUACA